CUUCUUUUUACAGUCAAGAAAUAGACAAGCUUCUCUUUUCUUACGAGUUUGUCCUGAGGUUCUUGGCCUCCACCUGCCAAAAAACGAAUCGUGGCUUUAGACCUUGGUUUGGCACCAAGCAAAGGAAUAAAUCUGAACUUAAUUGGUUGAAUGAAAACCCGAUCAAGCUAAUUAGCCUUGAUCCUGACAAAGAUGUAUUCAGAUACAGGCGGAAGCUCGAAGGCUGUCUCUCCGAUCUUUCCAGGAACAGAUUUACUGAAAUCCCUCCAGAUGUGUGGCAGUUUGCGCCGCUCGAGACCUUGAACCUGUAUCACAACUGCAUCAAAUGUAUCCCCGAAGCCAUUAAAAACCUACAGAUGUUAACAUAUCUCAAUAUCAGCCGAAAUCUCCUAUCUACAUUGCCAAAAUAUCUAUUUGAUCUGCCACUGAAAGUUUUGGUUGUCAGCAAUAAUAAGUUGGUGUCUAUUCCUGAAGAAAUUGGGAAGUUGAAAGACUUAAUGGAGUUGGACAUUAGCUGCAAUGAGAUCCAGGUCCUUCCCCAACAGAUAGGAAAACUGCACUCGUUAAAAGAACUCAAUUUAAGAAGAAAUAAUCUCCACAUGUUACCUGAUGAAUUAGGAGAUCUUCCUUUGGUCAAGCUGGACUUCUCCUGUAAUAAAGUCACAGAGAUCCCUGUCGGCUUCCGGAAAUUGCGACACUUGCAAGUCAUCGUUCUUGAUAAUAAUCCAAUGCAGAUCCCGCCGGCCCAGAUCUGCUUAAAGGGCAAAGUGCACAUUUUUAAAUUCCUCAGUGUCCAAGCAUGCCUGAGAAUGGAUAAGAAGCCGGAUUCCCUGGAUCUGCCUUCCCUGGGAAGAAGGAUCCCUUCUCAGCCGCUCACCGACAGUAUAGAAGACUUUUACCCCAAUAAAAACCAUGGUCCAGACUCUGGAAUUGGUAGCGAUAAUGGGGAUAAAAGAUUAUCCACAACGGAACCAUCCGAUGAUGACACAGUCAGCCUCCACUCUCAGGUGUCGGAAUCGACAAGGGAACAGACGCUCCGAACUGACAAUCAAUUGCUAGGGAACAAACCCGAGUUGCAUAAAGACCCCGAUGUGUGCGAUUACCUGGAUCCCAGCUCAGAGGACGUGGCUGCCUGUGACCAAGGAGAUCCCCAGACCGGAUCAUCCGUCUCUUACAUUAAGGAACGAAGCAAGUCAGCUGAGAAGCCACAGAAGAGUGACCCACGUGAAGAUUGGCGAGAAGAGAAGAGCAUUCAGAAAGAAAAGGCGCUGGCAGAAGAAGAAGACGACCUGAAAGAGGUGACCGACCUGCGGAAAAUUGCAGCCCAGCUUUUGCAGCAGGAGCAGAAAAACAGACGGAGGCCCUUAAGCUAUAGAGCUUCCUUCAGUGAAAAGCUUUUCCAGAGGACCAGGGUGGCAGGACGCGCCUCAAGGCUCCUGAAUCACUCCGCCCCAACAAGCACAAGAAACCGACCAAAACAGACAGUGGACGCAGAGAAAAGCCUUUCGGCAGACGAAGCAAAUUCUCCGUCUUCCCCCUGCAGCUGGCAGUCUCUGGAAAAUCAGAAGGGCCACCCGGACGGCCCACGUUGGCCAGAUGUGCAGCCGGUCAUCUGGCAGAACGAGGAAAGGCGGCGAAGCAAGCAGAUCAGGAGGGAGUAUUUCAAGUACAAGUCUUCACGGAAGAGCUCCAGUGGAAAUGAAAACGAUGAGCAAGACAGUGAUCAUGCUAAUGUGUCUCCACAGUCUCCUGUAUCAUCCGAGGAUUAUGACCGGGCAGACGGGAGUCCUCAUGGCCCUUUUGGACUGAAGCCCCGAUCAGCGUUCGGGCGGUCUCGUCAAGACUACAGCACCGUGGACCCCGGAUUCACCAUGAGGAGGAAAAUGGAACACCUGCGGGAAGAAAGGGAACAGAUUAAACAACUACGCAGUAACCUGGAGUCGCGGUUGAAGGUCAGCUUGCCCGAGGAUAUUGGAGCCGCUCUCAUGGAUGGGGUGGUUCUCUGCCACCUGGCCAACCACAUCAGACCACGCUCUGUGGCCAGCAUUCACGUCCCGUCACCAGCUGUGCCUAAGCUCAGUAUGGCAAAAUGCCGAAGAAAUGUUGAAAAUUUCCUGGAUGCUUGCAAAAAACUGGGCGUGGCGCAGGAAAGACUCUGCUUGCCCCAUCACAUUUUGGAAGAGAGAGGACUGGUCAAAGUUGGACUCACGGUUCAGGCUCUGCUUGAGAUCCCUUCUUCCAAAGCUUCGCAGCUGUCCUGCCUGUAACGGGACCCCUGCGGAAGGAACUGGCCGCCACGGCGCCUCUCGGACCCAUCCCAGGGGAACCUGCCAAGCCACUCGCUGUCAGGGCUGUCCAGGGCUCUUGGGUUGUGUGCUGGGAACCGGGAUGUCAGCUGACAAUUCCCUGGGAGCAUGAAAAAAAUAAUAAUUCCUGUUUUCUUGUUUACCACGAGAGCCGUAAGAGAUUUUGAGGCCGUCAAGAUUCUCUUUCCCAGGUAGAACCCGUCCUGCGUUUGCCGCUCAGAAGUCCGUCAAGCCUUCAUUUUUUUUUAACUGCAUCCCAAUUCCUCUUGGAUCUCGCAGCGCACCUUUAACAAGGAAGCCCAGACGCAGGAGCUCUGAGAAAGGCUGACGGUGGGGGAGCCUCACCCAUUGGUGGCUUUUUGGUGGCAUUUGGGGGAGACACGAUGGAGCAAGGCAGCUCUUAAUAUGGCAUUUGCAUUCAGCGUUUUUGACAGGCAUCGUUUCCAUCUACAUUUGCAAAAUAAUCAGAAAUGACUCUAGCAUAGCAGAAAAUCCGGACGAGCAUCACGGAAACAGUUCGACCAGUUUUGAGAAGAUUGGCAUCCUUCAUUUUUUGCACCACUUACCGAUGUACCAUUUCCAAUAUUUUAGUUGGGUGUAUGCUGGCAAUGACAGAAUAGUAUACAAUAUAAAGGACAAAUUGUGUGGGUUUUUUUUUUCCAGUAUUCUAGAUUGGUGCCAAAAUAUUUUUCAGUUGUACUGUAGAUUGUUUACCUGUGAAGUGCCUGUGUAAUAACUCUUUUCCUAGUCUUAAAACAUUUUUGCAGUUUCUUUACGUCUCAAUAGAUGCAAUGCGUAUUUUUAAAUAUUAGGUUUUUGUAAGAUUGGUAAUACGUGAAGUUUAAAGGACUAACAUCUGAAUGUUGGAUGUUCUUCAGUUUGCACACUUUGAAUUUAUUAAGUUUGGUUUUUAGAAAAAAAUGUAAAUACGCUUUUAUUUAUCAUAUUUAAUUUGAUAUGUAAUCAUUUUUAAUGUAUUUGUUGGUCGGUGGAUGUUUGAAAAAUUAUUUUCCUCGUCUGGGAUAAAUAAUGACAUGUAGGGUUUUUAAUGGAGAAUCCUACAGAAGAGUGUUAGUUAAAAACUUUUCAGUAAAACUGCCAAAAAAGGUUUUUUAAAGAAAAAAUAAUAAUCUCAGGUUUAUAUUGUGAUAGCCAGGAUUUCAUAGCUCGCUCCCGACUUCAUACAAUCUUUUGUCGUUGUUGUUGAAUGAGGAACGAACGUCGUGAAGUAGAGGAAAGAUUAAUAGCCUUGAUCAAAUCUCUGCCCCCCCCCCCGGCCAGUUUAAGGGAUGGAGCAAUUCCGUCUGUGUGUUGUAGUCGCAACCCCUGACUGCCAGUCCCGCUCUGCCCACUCGACCCACUCCAGUGUUGUUGCCAAGGGUGUGUGUAAGUGGAAAGAAGAUACAGCCGUGGGGAAUGGGAAGGAGGAAUGGUGUGUGUGUUUGUGUAUGCAUGACAACUCUGGAGGUGUCAUCUUUGAUGGUCUCUUCCAUUGCCACUUUCAAGAGAACAGCCAGUAUUACAAGCUACACAAACACACACACACACACACUCCCCGUGUUCUUUCAGUGUUCAUUCAGCUGUUUUAGGCCCUGCCUGUUGGAGCCAUUGGGGGACUUGAGAGAGAGAGAGAGAGACCCCAACCCUGCAAGUUCCAUUCAGAGUCCUCCCCUCCCUUCCCUGCAGAGGCCCUCCCCACCCCAGGGCCAACUAGAGGGAAGCCUCUCAAAGGGGAUCUGCCCCCAGGGCCUUUGGAGAGGCCUAGAAAUAAGCCUUUGCGUUGCUCCGUUUCUAAAAUCUGCAUUUCCGUUGCUCCCCUUAAGGUUCAGGUUUUGCCUGCAGACUCCUUCGGUUGGACUAAAUUAUCUUUUCUUGUUGGAAUUAUUAAGAAAUAAAACUCUUUGCACCUUUUUUUUGCAGCCCAAAGAAUUCCACUGUUAGUUGACGAAGCAUGUUGUGGGCUUGUGGGGACAGUCACAGAGAUGCCCAGUCAUCUCUCACCCCCCUGUGAAAAGUGAGGCCCGGCACCACUUUCCCCCUCGUUGCAGGAUGAAAUGGGAAACGUAUUCAGUCUAGGGAAGCAAUAAAAGUGGGUGGGGGAGACAAAAUAGGUCAGCGCAGAGGAGCUCAGCCCAGUUUGAAGGGGCAAGGUGAGGGGGUGUCAGUCGUAGGUAUGACACCUGCAUGCAGGUGGAUUUUGGAGAAGCAGAAAACCCUGCCUCAUGGGGGCAAUGACUGCCAAAUGCCUGCUCAGCAAGAAUUCAAUCCAAUUCUGGGUCGCCCCAGCACCGAUUAUUCCUGGCCUUGUACUCCUAGAGACGAUGACAGCCCUGUUGAAGCUUCGGCUGCCUUGUUGGUUCUUUGGGAAAAGGCAACCUUUUCUUGUUUCUUCAGAAAAACCACCUCUUCCGCCUCUGAAGAUGCGAUUCUUCCGAGAGCUUUGGGAAGAGAGCAUGAUCGGGAGGCCAUGGGGACUUUUAAGGACUUGGGGACUACAAUUCCCAUGCUGGCUGAGGAAUUCUGGGAGUUGAAGUCCACAAGUCUUAAAGUUGCCAAGGCCGGACACCCCUGUUCUAAGGAAUGCAAUGGGGUGGGGCGGGGUCUGCAGCCAAGGCCUGUGGGAAGUGGUCCUAACUGGGCAUCAGGCUGAGUCCUUCCAGCCUGUUCUAAAACUGGGAGGGGAGGGGGGGGUUUCAAGCUAGAAGUGUUUCUGUAAGGCUCCUCCUCGACUUUUGCAAAAUGUCCUUGGGGGGGCGGGGGUGGAGCUGACUUUUGGAAUUCUUGAAGUCUCCUUCCUCCAUUUGUUCGGCAUUAAAAUGCAGUUGUGAGCUCAUGUUAAAUUAAAAUGCAUGAAAUGAUUUGUUUAUAUUUAGAUCCGCCUUCCCCAGUUAUUGUUCUCUGUAUAGAUUGGCGUUCAGUUGCCCUGACUUUCAACCAGUACACAGGCAUGGCUCCAGGGUGCCUUAUUGGGAAAAUUUGGUCUUUAGCUAUUUGUUGGUUUCGUUACUGGUUGGUUUAGAUGCUUUUUAAGGCUGCGGGUGCUAAGAUUUUUAAUUCCUUUGAAAUGAAACAAAAGGAAGGCCUCCUAUCUUAAGAAUAAAAGAUACGGAAAAAUAGAGGUAAACGAAAUAUUUAGUUUUCCCUCACUCCCCUUCCCCAGGCAUUGGGUAAAUAAAGCAAAGUCAUAUUGUGUGUGUGUGUGUGUGUGUGUGUGUGUGUGUGUGUGUGUGUGUUCCAUGUGUUCCAUGUAUUAAUCCCCUUUAUUUUGUUUUUACAUGAAUCUGAUUUUCCUGCCCCCUCCCUUUAUAAAUUUUCUCUUCUCACUAUCUGGCCUCCGUACGAUUCUUGUGCAGAGAAUAAUGGCUAGGAUGUCCAGGAGUUUCUAAGUCAUAUAGUUAAUGAAUAAAUGCAAUAAAUAAAUAAUUAGCUCUUAAAAUGGGUUGAUUAUGAAACCGGCACUGCCCUCCACCACGUCCAGUCCACGUCCCUAAGCUUCAUUCCUGGGCCACAACGGAUCCUUCCAUUUCUCUGGAAUUUCGGCAGCAACGCAAGCCCAGCCGGAGCGCCAGAGAUGCCCACCAGCCAAGCUGUGUCGAUGCUCAGUUGUGACCGGGGGUGGGGUGGGGUGGCUAAGCAGAGAUGUGCAAACUGUUGAAUGAUCUGUGGACCCUCCUUGGACCAAAAAGGGUCCAGGUGAUGAGUUUAAGUAGAGUUUAACUACUAAUUGUUAUCCAUUCCUUUUGUAUCUCCUUUCUUUCAUUCCUGAUCCGAGCCAAAUUCACUUUUUAUAUGCAUAAAUGCAAAUCGGUUUGGAAGUAGCCAGGAGAAACUCUCCUCUUUUCUUUUGUGUCUGUACCUGUUUUGCCAUUCGUGCUUCUUUCCUGUCCUUACCGGUGCCAUUGUUCCAAUGACUCUCUGGACGCUUUCUGGAUUUCUUCUUGCUGGAGCUUCCGACGUCCACGUUUCCUGGAACAGUAGUCCUGUUUUUGUUUCCUUUUGUACAGAGUUUUCUAUUGAAAUCUGCAUGGAUCAACCUAAUGUACAUACUCUGUGUAUAAAAUGAAAGGUCUUUCAUAAUU